CCUUCCCGGCGGCCCGUUUAUCUGGGCGGGGCGCUUCGCGAAGAUGGUGGAGCGCGCGGCGUGUGACUCCAGUCGCUUUCCGAAGUCUCAGCACCGCGCACCGGCCAGUGUUUCGCUGGUUCGGAGCCCCCACCCUCCAGGUCCCUGACCCUGCGCCCCGUGUGUUUGGUUCCCAGUAUGCCCCGCGCCCGCAAGGGGAACGUGCCUCGUAAGGGCGGCCAGCGUCGCGGAGGGGGUGCCCGGAGCAGUGCCCAAGCUGACUCAGGUUCCAGCGAGGAUGAGGCAGCCAGUGAGGCCCGAAGCACUACCAGUGACUGUCCCAGCCUUCUCAGUGUCACCACAGAGGACUGCCUUGUGGGGGAUGCUGUGGAUGAGCAGGCUCAGCAGGAAGACUUUGAGGAUAAGCUGAAGGAGUAUGUGGACUGCCUUACAGACAAGAGUGCCAAGACCCGGCAGAGUGCCCUGGAGAGCCUGCGCCUAGCCCUGGCGUCCCGCCUACUCCCUGACUUCCUACUGGAGCGCCGCCUCACUCUGGCUGAUGCUCUGGAAAAGUGCCUCAAAAAAGGGAAGGGUGAGGAACAGGCCCUGGCUGCUGCCGUGCUAGGUCUGCUCUGCGUGCAGCUGGGCCCAGGGCCCAAGGGUGAGGAGCUGUUCCACAGCCUGCAGCCCGUCCUGGUCUCCAUGCUCAGCGACGGCACAGCUAGCCCUGCUGCCCGGCUCCACUGUGCUGCUGCUCUCAGCUUGGGCUGUUACGUAGCAGCUGCUGAUGUCCAGGACCUGGUCUCUUGCCUUACUUGCUUAGAAAGUGUUUUCAGCCGGGCCUAUGGGGUGCGUGGCUCCACAGCACCUGUGGCCCCUGCAAGUCUGCAUGGCCUGCUGUGUGCUGCUCUGCAGGCCUGGGCAUUGCUACUCACCAUCUGUCCCAGCACCCACAUCAGCCACAUCCUAGACAGACAGCUGCCCCGAUUGCCCCAGCUCUUGUCCAGUGAAAGUGUGAACCUGCGGAUUGCCGUUGGCGAGACCAUUGCACUGCUCUUUGAACUCGCCCGGGAACUUGAGGAAGACUUUAGUUAUGAGGACAUGGAGGCCCUGUGUAGUACUCUGCGUACUCUGGCCACUGACAGCAACAAGUACCGGGCCAAGGCUGACCGCCGGCGCCAGCGCUCAACUUUCCGAGAUGUACUGCACUUUGUCGAGGGCGGUGAAUGUGAGGAAGAGACAAUCCGCUUUGGGCUCGAGGUGCUCUAUGUGAACAGCUGGGCCCGGCGCCGGGUCUACUCUGCCUUCAAGGAUGUGCUGGGCUCUGGCAUGCACCACCACCUCCAGAACAAUGAGCUACUCCGUGACAUCUUUGGUCUAGGCCCUGUGCUAAUGCUGGAUGCUGCAGCCCUUAAGGCCUGCAAGAUUUCACGCUUUGAAAAGCACCUGUACAACGCUGCCGUCUUCAAAGCCCGGACCAAGGCACGCAACCGUGUGCGGGACAAGCGGGCAGACAUUCUGUGA